AUGAGGCUACUAUCGGGUGGGAUCUCCGCCGAGAAGACCUCAUCCACAUCUACGCUCCUCCCGAUUCCCCUCAAAUCCCUCACUAACAAGAUUGCAGUACACGCUCUUAACGGUCAAGAACUCCCCACCAUCUCACGCACCACUGAAGACCUCACCCUCAUCACAUCAGGCAACCACUCCGAGAUCAUAUCUUUUCUUAUUUUGGACUCUCCUCUUGCACCCAUCGUCCUUGGAGGAACAGUGGAUUUAUCUAACGUGCCCGCGGAGUACCACGACCUGAAGGAGGUGUUCAAUUUGAUGCUGCAAAAAUUUUUGAAAACUCACAAAGCCAACAUGAAGAAGGAAGCAGAACAUAUUUUUGAGGGCAAGAAAGAAAAUGACAUGCAUCUGAAUGAUGUUUACACAGAGCUGUUUAUCACAGUGGGAGAUAUUAAAGAUGUCAAACAGGAACAUGAGAUUCUGAAGACUGAUGAUAUCAAGACCCGGAAAUCACAGGACAGACCAAUAAAAUGCAUUGAUAUAUUUACUGAAUUGAGGAAAAACAAUGAGAAAAAGAUUGUGCUGACUAAGGGCAUCUCUGGCAUUGGGAAAACUGUCUCUGUGCAUAAGUUCAUUCUGGACUGGGCAGAAGGUAAUGCCAAUCAGGAUAUAGACUGUGUGUUCCUACUUCCAUUCGGUGAGAUUAACAUGAUUAAAGACAAAGAGGUCAAUCUCCACAAGUUUCUGCUUAACUUUUAUCCUGAACUGAAGGACUUAGAGAAAUCAAAGUUAUAUAGGGAAUAUAAUCUAGCAUUUAUAUUUGAUGGACUUGAUGAGAGUAACUUAUUACUGAAUUUUAAAAGUGAAAAUCUGUCGAGCGUUGAGGAAAAAUCCUCUGUAGAUGUGCUGUUUACAAGUCUGGUGAAAGGGAAACUGCUUCCAUCAGCUCUCAUCUGGGUGACUUCACGACCAGCAGCAGCUAAUCAAAUCCCUCCUAAAUAUGUAGGUUUGUUCACAGAGGUAAAAGGAUUCACUGACAGACAGAAGGAGGACUACUUCAAAAAGAGAAUCACAGAUAAAACUCGGGCCUCCAGAAUAAUCUCACACAUCAAGACAUCUCGUAGUCUCUUCAUCAUGUGCCACAUUCCAGUGUUCUGUUGGAUCACAGCCACAGUACUUGAGAAUGAGAACAAUGCAGAGAACAUCAUUGCAACACUCACUGAAAUGUACAUUCACUUCCUUCUAAUACAGCUGAACAUGAAGAACCAAAAGUAUGAUGAAAAAGAAGAAAGAGAAUGUGAAAAACACUUAGAAUUAAAUAGAGAAAUUAUUUUAAAGUUAGCAAAGUUAGCAUUUGAACAGCUGAAGAAUAAAAAUGUUCUGUUCAAAGAGGAUGAUCUGAAAGAAUGUGGUAUUGAUGUGAAUGGCAGCUCUGAGUUUACAGGAAUGAUUGUUGAGAUUUUUAAAAAGCAAGAUGGACUUCAUGAGAAGAAGGUCUUCUGCUUUGUGCAUCGGAGUAUUCAAGAAUUCCUUGCUGCUGUGUAUGUGUUCUUCUGCUACCUCAAAAAGGACAUUCAGGAGCUUAAGUUUUUUUUUGAAGAUCCGCAACAAAGGGCCAGGCAUAAGCUUCUGUUUUUUUUAAGAAAGAUCUUCAAAAAAGUCCAGUUGCAUGACUUAAUGAAGAGGGCCAUUGAUAAAGCAAUGCAGAGUCAGAGUGGACAUUUGGACCUUUUCCUACGGUUUCUAAUGGGCAUUUCACAGGAAUCCAGUCAGAACCUGCUCACAGGGCUGUUCACACGCACUAAAGACACCACAAAAAGCAUCAUAAAAAUAAGUGCACACAUUAAACAAUUACAAAAUGAGUCUGUCCAAGAAGAAGCUUCAGUCAACCUAUUUUUCUGCUUACUUGAGCUCAAGGAUCAUUCAUUACAUGAUGAAAUCCAGAAAUACCUCAGUUCAGAUGAACAUCCAGCAAGAGAACUCUCAUCUGCAAUGUGCUCUGUGCUGGUCUACAGAAUGCUGAUGUCAGAUAUGGUGUUUGAUGAGUUCAACCCCAAGAAGUUCACAUCACCAGCAUACUACACAAAUCUUGUCCCAGCUGUGAGAUGCUGCAGAAAAGCCCUAUUUGAUGGCUGUGGUCUCUUAGAUCGAGAUUGUGAAAUUUUGUCUUCAGCUCUUCAGUCAUCAAACUCCCAUCUGACAGAGCUGGACCUGAGUAACAAUGACCUGAUGGAUUCAGGAGUAAAUCUGCUCUCUGCUGGACUGAAGAGUUCACAAUGUCAGUUGAAUAUACUGAGAAUGGCAGGGUGUAGAUUGACUGGUCAGUGCUGUGAAAGUUUGUCUUUAACUCUACAAUUGUCAAACUCCUCCCUAAAAGUCCUGGACCUGAGUAACAAUGACCUACAGGAUUCUGGAUUAAAGUUGCUCACUGAUGGACUGAAGAAUCUGAACAUACUGAGAUUGGUCAUCUGUAAUCUCACUGCUCAGUGCUGUGAAAGCAUGUCUUCAGUUCUAAAAUCAUCAAACUCCUGUCUGAGAGAGCUGGAUCUGAGUAACAAUGACCUGAAGGAUUCAGGAGUAGAGUUGCUCUCUGCUGCAUUGAAGAUUUCACACUGUCAACUGAACAUAUUAAGGUUGUCUGGCUGUAUGGUGACAGAGAAAGGCUGUCGUUACCUUUCUUCAGCUAUAAGUUCAAACCUGAACUCAUGUCUGAGAGAGCUGGAUUUGAGCUACAAUCACCCAGGAGAAUCAGGAGUCAAGCCAUUAGACAAACUCAAUGUGGAUCAUGGAGGAGAGUUCAGGAUUAUAGCAGGACUACACAAAUAUGCCUGUGAUCUCACACUGGAUCCAAAUACAGCAAACCCCUUUCUCAUUCUGUCCGAGGAGAACAGAAAGGUGACACUUGUGAGAGAGAAACAGCCGUAUCCUGAUCAUCCAGAGAGAUUUGAUCAUCAUCUUCAGGUUCUGUGUACAGAGAGUCUGUCUGGACGCUGUUACUGGGAGGCUGAAUGGAGUAGAGAUGCUGAUAUAUCAGUGACAUAUAAAGGAAUCAGCAGGAAAGAAGACAGUGAUGAUUGUGAAUUUGGAUUAAAUAAAAACUCCUGGAGUCUGUUCUGCUCUAAUGACGCAUUCACUGUCUGUCACAAUGAUAUGUUUACUGACACAUGUGUCCCUUUAGGCUCCUGUAAGAGAGUAGGAGUUUAUGUGGACACGUCAGCCGGCAUUCUGUCCUUUUAUGAUAUUUCUGACACACACACACUUACACACUUACACACAUUCACCUCCACAUUCACUGAGUCACUCUAUGCUGGAUUUAGAUUGUUGUCUUAUGACUCCUCAGUGUCUCUGUGUCAGAUUAAAAAAUCCUGUGAGCAACAAAAGAGACAUCACAAACCCACCCAACUGAAAGAAAUACUUUCUCGUUAUAUAUUGUAGUACUGCCAGUUGAGUAGUACUGUGCCAGUAAUACUGCCUGGAUGAGCUUUGACUAGGUCUGUGUGUCCAUUUAUUUGCACAGACUGUGUAAUUUUGUGAAAUGGAUUUGUUUUUUUUUUUUUUUUUUUUUUUUUGUUGUUGUUGUUGUUUUUAGUUAAAGGUCCAGAAUAGGUUGUUUUCAGUCACGUGGUUCUCGUGACGCGCGAAAUUCCGGUGGAGGGCAAGCAGUGAAAAUUAGAAUGGAAGAGAUGGGAAAAAGUCCGUUCUGUGCUGAUUUAGACAGAAAAUCACAACAUAUGUUGGACGUGAUACUUAUGUUAUGAAGAGGAGCGACAUUUCCACUGAAUUGAAAGACUUGACUGCCAUCGAGGAGGUAGAUAUAGAGGAUGUUAAGCUCCCGUCACGCCGCAUUCAGUUCUAGUCUGGGUUUGUUUAUAUCGCGCUGCCUUUCUGCAAGUGAUGUUAAGGGCAGUAUUUUAAUUUUCUGUCAUGAUUGUGAAAAAUGUCGCCAUUGUUGGUCAUUUAUGCUGAAUCGAGAACUGUAAUAGGAACUCACGAUAUCGUUCGGGGGAAAAAAAACUGCUAAUACAAUUUUUGCCUUGGUUGAGAAGGUGAGACGACUAGCAAAUGUAAUAAUGUCACUAAAUAAACCCACUAUCUUUCACUCAAAAUAAACACAUACUGUAGCUACUUGGCUGAGUUUUGUAUUUGGUUUUUGUGCAAUAUUUAAUUAACAUUGUUUGUGAGUAUGACUCACUCGCUUGUGAAUGAUUAUAGCCUAACUUGCACACAGCCACUUCAAAACUGUUGACGAGCUUCUAUAGGUUUGAUUUCGGUUGUCAUUUGUUGAAAUAAAUACAAAAAUACAGCGUGUCGGUGUCUGUCCCUGAAUGUGACCCUCCGAUUCUCCUUCGUGGUCAUAUGGGAAAGUGAAUAUUUACAAAAACAACAUUAAAACUAGUUACAUU